AAAAGAAAAAAGACAGAGUUUCAUAACAGAACAGGCCUUGUCAUUACUCUCUCACUGAACUUUUCUCUUCACAAACAGAAGAAGAAAGUAAAAGGAAGAAGAUGGAGAAGCCUUUGCUGAGCGGCGAAAGCAGUGGAGAUACCAGUACUGAUGUCAGAAAUGGAUAUAAACGACGCUCUGAUGCCAUCGCUUAUGGCUCUUCGUACCAGAAAGCUGCAGCCCUUGUCGAUUUGGCUGAAGAUGGUAUUGGCUUACCCGAGGAAAUACUUGAUCAAUCUAACUUUCAAAGUGCUGCAAAGCUCUAUUUCUUUUUCAUUCGGCUGGAUUUCAUUUGGACCCUCAAUUAUUUUGCACUCAUAAUCUUAAAUUUCUUAGAGAAACCUUUGUGGUGUUACAAGAGUAAUGCUUGCAAUGACAGGGAUUACUACUAUCUAGGACAGCUUCCUUAUUUGUCUAAUUUGGAAUCACUUAUUUAUGAGGGCAUAACUGUUUCUAUACUUGUGGUACAUAUUUUCUUUCCCAUGUCGUAUGAAGGGUUUCACUGGAGACGUCCUCUGAACUAUUUUAAGGUCAUAUGCCUGCUGAUUUUGGUGGCUGAUUUGCUGGUUUAUGCUCUGUAUUUGUCACCAGUGGGUGUUAAUUCUCUUCCUUUAAGGAUUGCACCAUAUAUAAGAGUUAUAUUUUUCAUCUUGAACAUCAGGGAACUAAGAUCGAGUCUCGUCGUCCUGGCUGGAAUGCUUGGCACAUACUUAAACGUCUUGGCUCUAUGGCUUCUUUUUCUUCUGUUUGCUAGUUGGGUAGCCUAUGUCAUGUUUGAGGAUACUGAACAGGGAAGAACAAUAUUUACAUCCUAUGGUACAACAUUGUAUCAAAUGUUUAUUCUAUUCACUACGUCCAACAAUCCAGAUGUCUGGAUUCCUGCUUACAAGGCUUCGCGUUGGUAUAGCUUGUAUUUCGUUCUGUAUGUGCUGAUCGGGGUGUACUUUGUCACCAACUUGAUUCUUGCUGUUGUAUACGACAGCUUUAAGGGUCAGCUUGCAAAACAAGUUUCUGAGAUGGACCAAAUGAGGAAGCGUACACUAGAUAAAGCCUUUAAUUUAUUAGAUAAGCAUAAUGCUGGAUUUAUUAGAAAGGAGGAAUGCAUUCAACUCUUCAAGGAACUGAAUAAGUACAGGACAUUGCCAAAAAUAAGUAGAGAGGAGUUUGAAUUGAUAUUUGAUGAGCUAGAUGAUAGUCAUGAUUUCAAGAUCAACUUGGAUGAAUUUACUGAUCUUUGCAAUGCAAUUGCCCUGAAGUUUCAGAAAGAAGAUACUCCAUCCUGCUUUGAGUACUGUUCAUAUUUCUAUCAUUCAGACUUGUCUGAAAAGUUAAAGACCUUUAUUCGUAGCCCCAUGUUUGGAUACAUAAUAUCCUCAAUUCUCAUUAUAAAUCUUGUUGCUGUCAUCAUUGAAACAACGCUUGAUAUAGAAAAUAGUACAGGUCAGAAGGUGUGGCAAGAGCUGGAGUUUGUCUUUGGAUGGAUAUAUGUUCUGGAAAUGGUUUUGAAAGUCUAUGCAUUUGGAUUUGAGAACUAUUGGAGGGAUGGUCAGAAUCAAUUUGAUUUUAUAAUCACGGUAAUUAUAGUCGUUGGAGAAACCAUUACGUUUGUAUCCCCUCAAGGGAUGACUUUUCUUUCAAAUGGUGAAUGGAUUCGCUAUCUUCUCCUUGCAAGAAUGUUACGAUUGCUUAGGAUUCUGAUGCACGUCAAGCGCUACAGAGCCUUCAUCGCAACAUUUUUAACCCUUGUACCAAGCUUGAUGCCAUACCUAGGGACAAUUUUUUGUGUCCUAUGUAUCUAUUGUUCUAUUGGUGUACAGGUCUUCGGGGGAAUUGUUAAUGUUGGAAAUCCUAAGUUGGAGGGAACAGAGCUUGCUGAAGAUGACUAUUUACUCUUCAACUUCAAUGAUUAUCCAAAUGGAAUGGUGACACUCUUCAACUUGCUAGUCAUGGGAAAUUGGCAAGUGUGGAUGCAGAGUUACAGGGAUUUGACAGGCACUUCUUGGUCACUCAUAUACUUCAUCAGCUUUUACCUAAUUACCAUAUUGCUGCUACUGAAUUUGGUUGUAGCAUUUGUGUUGGAGGCUUUCUUUGCUGAGAUGGAUAUUGAAACAUCAGAAACAUGCGAAGGACAAGAAGAGGAUUCUGAAACAAGAAAAGAUCGACCUCGAUCACGUGGCACAAAGACUCGGAGUCAAAGAGUUGACUUGCUUCUUCACCAUAUGUUGAGUUCAGAGCUAACUCAAACGUGCUCAAAUGCAUAAUUUUUUUUUCCAUUCUGGUUGUUCAUGAUCCAGAAAUGAGUGAAGGAAAAUGGAACUUGGAAUCUGAAUAUCAGCAGCGUUUGAAUGAAUAUGUAGAAAAGGCUCUGCACUUUUGGGCGGACAAAUUGAAAUGUGUGUGUGUUUUAAUAUUAAAAAAAGAAAAAAAAAAAAAUCUCUGGUAGCUUAGACUUAGUUUUGGUAACUUAUCUAUAUCUAGUAACUUUUGGAACCAAUACAAAGAGAUUUAUCGUAUUGUUCAUAGUGUGGUGAAGUAGUAAAAAAAGCUUAGGCAACUUUUAGUGGUACAGCUCCUUUUCCCACUUUGUAAUAUGUAGCUAUGCACUAACAUGAGAUUCAGUUUGAGCUUUUUCCUCUCUUUUUUCUUUUAACUUAA